GGGCCAGGCGGGUGGCGGCGGCGGCCGGCCGAGUUCCCGUCCCGCCUCGCGGCUCCCUCGCGGCCGCAGCAGCGAGCCCGGGCGCGUCCCGCGCGGCGCCCGGCCACCCUCCCUCUCCAGUGAGGAGCCGCGGGAGGGGGGGGCGAUGGAGAUGAAGAAGCGCAUCAACCUGGAGUUGCGGAACCGCGCGCCCGAGAAGGUGACAGAGUUGGUGCUCGAUAACUGCCGAUCCAGCAAUGGCGAAAUAGAAGGUCUGAAUGAUUCAUUUAAAGAGCUAGAGUUUCUUAGCAUGGCCAACGUCGAGCUGACAUCGUUGGCCAAGCUUCCCACGUUGAGUAAGCUCCGAAAGUUGGAAUUGAGCGACAACAUAAUUUCGGGAGGCCUGGAGGUCCUUGCAGAAAGAUGUCCAAAUCUCACAUAUCUAAAUCUAAGUGGCAACAAAAUCAAAGAUCUUGGCACUGUGGAAGCUCUUCAAAAUCUUAAAAACUUGAAGAGCCUUGACCUGUUCAACUGUGAGAUUACAAACCUCGAGGAUUACAGAGACAGCAUUUUUGAGCUGCUUCAGCAAAUCACGUACCUAGAUGGAUUUGAUCAGGAAGAUAAUGAGGCACCGGACUCAGAAGAUGAUGAUGAUGAGGAAGGUGAUGAAGAUGAUGAUGAUGAAGAUGAGGAUGAAGCUGGUCCGCCAGGAGAGUAUGAAGAGGAAGAUGAUGAAGAUGAUGGAGGUUCAGAUUUGGGGGAAGGUGAAGAGGAGGAGGAAGUUGGUCUUUCAUAUCUGAUGAAAGAGGAGAUCCAGGAUGAAGAUGACGAUGACGACUAUGUUGAAGAAGGAGGUGACGAGGAAGAAGAAGCAGAGGGUAUUCGAGGGGAGAAGAGGAAACGAGACCCUGAAGAUGAAGGCGAGGAAGAGGAUGAUUAAUUUGUUAGAGACACAAGUAGGACCAGACUCUUAAGUUACAGAAUACGCAAUAGUGAUUAUGCAGAUCUGUAUGUCUCCAUGUACCAUAGAUGUCCCUACAGAAGAUAUGUUAACUUUUUAUAGGAAAAGUGUGGUUUUACUAUUCUUGCCCUUUUUAUCAUUCCAAAUAAGAUAUAAUAGCCUGUUAGCAAACCUAUAUGUAGAAAACAAUUUUCAGCCCUAUAAUCACUGAAGCCAUUGUCAAGUUUUCCCCCUAGAAUUUUAUUUGGAGCUCUUUAAUUUUAUAUAAGCUUGCUGUGUUGGUCAUCAUUAGCCCGGAGUUAAAACAUUCAUUUUACAUGGGUUUAGUAUGGUGGAUUUCUUUCAAGAUUUUAAGGUUUUUAUACUUAAAAAGCUGAAGUCAGAACUGCUAUAUGACAAACUCAAGGCUGCCUCAAAUGAGAAGUUGACUAUAGUCUGAGUUUACCAGGGAUUCUAUUUGAAAUCAACAACUAGGUGACAUCUUUAUUUCAGCUUUUUAGAAGGUGAUUCCUGUAAAUUUUUUGUCUUCUAUCCCAUUUUGUGUGUUACAUUGCAAAGCUUAAGCAGGUUUCUGAACUUUUUUUUUCUUCUGCUUGUUCAGAAGUUCAGUGUUUGCUGGAGCAUUCACUAGGUAUCUUCAAGAAUGUAUCCUGGCAAACCGAAAGGAUUGUAAUCCUUAAACUUUUCUCCAAAAUAGAGUCAUUGCAGGUAUUAACAAAAGUAAAUAAUCCAUAGUUUUAAACAGUUUUGUUAAAAGUCUUUGUUACGCUUUCACUCACCUAGCUCCUACAUUGUCAUUUCAGUAAUUCUGCAACCAUUGUGGUGUUUGGCUAUAUGAUAUAUGCAUUUCUAAUGCAAAAGUUAACGGGUAACUCCUUCAAGCACACUUUUCCAAACAGAAAACCCCACUUUUGUAGAAUCAUUGAAGGGGGAAAGAUAAGCAUGAGUUCGGUCUUUCUUUGCAGCUCUCCUUUUAAACUUUUUAAAUCUGGUUGUAGGUAAAACAUUCAAGUUCAUGUAUAAUACUGGUUAAUAGUUUAGGGUUUUUUUUUUUUUAUAUUGAAUGGCUGCAGAAACUUGUUUCGUUACAUACAGCCAGUGGUAAGUACAGGAGACAUGCAGACAAGCUUUUUUCUAGCAGCCUGGUUGUGACCAACAGGUCUUAAUAAUUCUGCCCCAGUGGAUUCAUGUUUUCCAUUUGAGCCACUGCAAAACAAGUUCCGACAUACAGCAUUCCUCUUUCCGUCAUGAUUUGGAUUUAAAACAGUAGUCUUGAUAUAAAAACUAAUUUACAUUGUUUCACGUAGGUACUGAACCAAAUAUCACACACAGCUUUAUUCAAGAGACUUAUUUUUAUAUCUGUCUUGGCUGACAAUAGUUGUCAUUAAACUGGGGGGAAACACCAAGGGUGGGGAAGAGGGAGAUUUCCUGGACCUAGGUAAAAGAGCCAGUCACCCACAGAUCGGUUACCUGUGAAUGUUAAGGCAUUUCACACACUAGCAGACUUUAAAUGCAACUUCCAACUCGUAAAUCAAGUUUAGAUACUGCAGGGUUGAAGUUCUGCAAAGCCCAAUUUCUUGUGUGUGUGUUUUUUUUCCCCCAAAUAGAGCCUUAAAUCAUAGUUUCUCAUGUAGCUGUAAAGCAUAGCCAGCCAUUAAAGGCAUUUGAAUGAAACAUGUCAGGCAGAUGGCAAUAUAUUUAGAAAUCAACUGACUAAAUGGGUUUUACAUUUUUUUAAUGAGUAUCUGUAAAGACACUAGAAAAGUAGUGGUGAAACUACAUUUGCAACCACAAUCUAAGUUCCUGUGUUGUGUAUGAAUACUGAAUGAAUAGAAAACUUAGGUAAGUGCACACCCUAUUUUGUCAUGGAGGCUCUGUGUUCGAGGCAGUUGCUUUGUGUUCAGCUUUGAGAUAGUAAGGUGUUUUUUCCCAUGUUUUUGCUUAUUUUCUAGACUCGGCGACUGAGUGAAACCUAUUAUUUAUAAUUGUGUACUUCAGAGUACCUCAUUAUCAGGGUUUUCCUUAACUAUCUUGUACUGAUGCAUACAAAGUUAGUUUUAAAUGGAGAAAAACACUGUUUUGGUAGAUGAAAGUUAUUUCAGUAGCAGACUUAUUUCAGUAAACAAGUCCAGCUUUAACAUUUUUAACAUUGAAUAAGUUGAUUUGACAGAAAAUAAACUUAGAGGGGGUUAGCAGAUCUUCCCUAAGAUACGCAGACUUAACGCUUCCUGAAAACAGCUUGCAGCGCAGUGCAUCAGCCACUACAUCUAAAAAUCUGAGCCUCACACAAACUUAUUUCCUAAGUAACUUUGUCUUUUUCUCAGUGUUACCAUCUAAAUAUAGUUUCAUAUUUGUCAGCUUGGCAUGCAGUUAAACAGCAUAGCAUUUUUUAAAAAGUAAUACAGAGCCUCCAGAUAACUUUUGAAACUUUUUUGCUUGGUGGGUGGUCUUUUCAUGCAAAUAUGUAAGGGUGGGUUUUAUAUUUUGUAGAGGUUUUGUCCUAUUUUAAUGCUCUUUGUAUGGCAGUAUGUAUAUAGUGUGUUUCAGUUCCUUAUCAAACUCUUUCCUUAAACUUUGGAGUAACUGAUUUUGUGCAACUGUGUUUUGAAUAAAGCCAUGACAGUGUUAAAUUAAAGAAAACAACCCUGCAGCACUCUUCUGAUAACUUUUAGUUGUAACAAAACAUGUUUCCUCCCUGUGUGUGCUGUAAAUUUUAAAUUAAAAAGUUUUCAAACUGAAUUAUUUCAAAUAAAUUGAGACUAUUGUAUUGGA